CACAAUGAAGAACAUUAUAAUGAUUUUAAAGACAGUAACUAUUUAUAUUUUUAUUUCAAUUACGAUAGCGCGGUGUAACAAUUUGUCAACUAAUUUUUCGUCACAUGACCAAACAACUGAUAAAAUUAAAACAGCUAAUGAUAUUUUGAUUGAAAAUAUUUUACAAAAAAUAUCAAACGGCACAUUGGAAAAAAAUGACGAUAAUUUAAUAGAAUUAAUAAAAAAAGGAAUUACUGAAGAAGCGAAUAUGUUUAAAAAUAAUAAGAGUAAUUUAAGAGCUUCAUCACAAGCUGGUGCUACAAAAGCACAAAAUUUAGUGGCUGAUGUUACUGCGGCGUAUACGCAAGCGAUUUUUAAAUCAGAGUCACCUGAAAAAGCCCAUGGGGUUUUGCGGCGUUUUCAAAAUACGAUACAGAUGAUCGUUGACUUUACUAAGCAGGGAAAAUAUUCCUUACAAGUAGGGCGGCGUGGACGGGAUGAGCAUGAGGACGAGGAUGAGGAUGAGGAUGAGGAUGACGAGGACAAUACAGAGGGCCAUAAUCUGGCGACGUAG